CUGGCGCGCAGCGCGUUCUCGACCAUUCGCAGUGGAGUCGAGCUCGGCGAGGGGGGAGCGUGCCCGCGAACACAACAUGGAGCCGCGUACAGAACGACGAGGAAGCGUCGACGUCGUUAUGUUGCCCAGCGAGAUGUCAGAGUCGACGGUAACCACCCUGCAGUAAGGAGGAUUUUCACCUAGCAGCCCCGUGUCCUUCUUCCCUAAAACGUUAAUCAUUCCUGCUCCUGCAGUUUCCUGAAGCGUGCCAUACAUUUACAACUUUUUCGAUGCCAACAUGGACUGCGGAGAACACAUCUCGGCUGAAGGCGAAAGUUUUAAUUCAGGCCGUUUGAAUCUGAGCGGACUGUACCAUGUGGGUCGGACCUUGGGCAGGGGCCAUUGUGCGGUGGUCAAACUGGCCCGCCAUGUCAACACAGGGCAGCUGGUUGCUAUCAAGAUGAUUGAAAAGACCAAACUUGACGUCAUGGCAUCAAGUCACCUCUUACAGGAAGUCAGAUGUAUGAGACGGGUGCAGCAUCCCAACGUGGUUCGUCUCUACGAGGUCAUCGACACACCCACCACCCUAUAUCUGGUGAUGGAGCUGGCCGAGGGGGGAGACCUGUAUGACUACAUUCUCCGCCAUGAGAGAGGCGUUGCUGAGGCCACUGCCAAACGUCAUUUUGCCCAGAUUUUGCGCGCUGUGUCAUACUGCCACAAACUCCACGUGGUGCACCGAGACCUCAAGCCGGAGAACGUAGUGUUUUUUCCCCAGCAGGGUGCGGUGAAACUGACAGACUUUGGCUUCAGUAACUUAUUCCAACCCGGGACAAUGUUGGACACCAGCUGUGGAUCCCUGGCAUAUUCCGCACCUGAGAUUCUACUAGGGGAGCAGUAUGAUGCGCCUGCAGUGGAUAUCUGGUCUCUUGGAGUGAUCUUAUACAUGUUAGUGUGCGGAGUUCUUCCCUUCCAGGAGACCAACGACAGUGAGACUCUGGUGAUGAUCCUGGACUGUCGCUACUCCAUCCCCGACCACAUCUCAGGCGACUGCAGAGAUCUGAUCUCCAGGAUGCUGCAGAAGGAUCCGUCGCACCGAGCGUCCCUGCAGGAGAUUGAGGCUCAUGUCUGGUUGCAGGGGAUGGACAACGUCCUGCUCAGCCCAGAGGCGCCUCCUCAUUGGCUGUCAGGGGCCCUCUCGCUCAACUCACCGCGCUCACGAGUGGUGGAGUGCGGCGACCUGCUCGCCGCCAAGCCUCAGACCUUGCCUUCGACCCGGCAGACCAACCGCAGCUACCCGCUGUGCCCGCCUCCUACUGAGGAGCCGCGUGUGACCAAGAACCUGCCUGCUCUCCUGCAGAUCUGUGAGGAAGAAGAAGAGGAGGAGGAGGAGGAAGAGAGCACCUUGGCCAAAGAGUGCGAAGGUUUGUUGUCUUUAUCCGUAACUGAGCCAGAGAGGGAGACCAAGGUUGGAGCAGAAAAUGAAGAGGAAGCCCAGAUGUUGGAGCCAGAAGAGGACGAAGGAGAAGAGAUGGAGAUCGAACACACACACGGUGGAUGUGUCAUUUCAGACCAACCACUCGGCCACAUAGACAAUCUAGUGAGUCAGGCUCCUGAGACACCGCCUUCUCCUUCUGAGCCGGGUCUGAGGGUGCCAUGUUGUCAGGGCUGGACUGAGAGAAGCCCCAACCAGGACCGAGAACCCAACAACAACUUCAACAAGCCCACGGAGCAAAAGGCCAGCCAAGGAGGGAAGAAGGACCAGGGGACGGACACCAGGGUGAGGGAGGACUUGGUAACGGACCGAUCUCAGUCCCACAAUGCACCUGGGUGCUGGGACGAGGCGGCCACGAGGAUGGAGCCCGCGGGGAAGCGACACAGCAUCAAACUGCGCGAGCGGCUCUUCCAGCUGCCACUGUGUGAAAAAGCGCUGGCCUUCAACAUACCAAGCAACAACAAAGCCAAGAUCCUCCCUCUGGCUCAGUACAACUGCUGCCAUGUGCUCUAAUUAAUACUCGCUCGCACACUCUGCACGCUGACGUCAAGUGUGCGGGACACACAGGUGUGCAGCGAACGCCCACGUUAAGCUACGGCCUGUGCAGCACACUGGCUUGUGAGGAACCACUUAGUACACACAAUGGCUGACAGACAGGAACAAGCACACUGUACACCAAACCUGCACUGAAGAAGAAGAAGAAGAGCGACGACGAAGGCUUCACUGUCGAUCUGAUGUAAAACUCUAAAAAGUUUCUUCUUCUUCUUCCCUUUGCACAAGCCGCCUCCCUGGCUCCAAAGCUCUUAAUAAGCUGAGUGACUGUUAAAUGUUAUGUUCAUGUGCUUAUAAUACGCCUCAGACGGAGAUGAUUGUAUCAUUCUCUGCCCUCUUAAUGUUCCACACCUUCACCCUACAAGUUGUGUUAUCACGGGUGGAAUGCUAAACCCAGUUUUGACGACACGGUUUUAGACGUGCCACCAUUAUGGGAACCAUGUGACUUUUGUGCAUGCUGUUACUGUUUAUGAUUAUGAUUAUCACCAUAUACCUCCAUGAUGUGUCCUGGCUCUUGCGGGACGCUGCUGUCGUCGUCGUGUUUCCUUGAUUGCACACAGUACAGUACCUCUGUGAUACCCUGUAUUAGGACGAGGAGUCACUCACGUGGAUUUUAUGUUAUGUCAUGUUACAGUAGGGAAGGGGAUUCGGAUGGCCCCGUUUCUGGGUGAAUCUCGUGAGUCGGCGUUAGUGAUUUUGCUGAAAAUGAUGGAAAGCGCCACUAUAUAGCAACUAACGCCGUGGUCAAAGUUGGCAUUCCCCACAAAACACAUUUUAAUACAUUAAACGCUCUUCUGCCGUGCAUAGUGCAUGCCCCAAAUUUGUCACGUUUCAUGUGUCAGGUAAACCGUGACAAAUAGGGCCAAAUGAAUCCCUUCCCUACUGUGUAUUUUGUGUAUUUUCACAUGCAUUCAUGUCUUAUUUGAAGGCGAGAUGAAACGCGUUGUACAGUAAUAUCGACCAAAGCUCCUUUGCAGCCUGCAGAACUGCUUGCUUACUUAGCCGUACUGUAAUUCCAUGCCCAUAAUUGGUGCCCUGCUCCAAGCAAGGCUGUUAAAUUUGAUUAUUGCUCAUACAUCAGGAGUCAUGUAAGCAUAUAAUCUGUACCAAGAACAGAUUCAAAGAAAUAUAUUAUGUCCGCAUAGUUGCAGCCUGCCUCUUCCUGCUGUGUUGUGUCUACUGCUUUGUAAUUAUAGGACCAUUAACUUAUUUUUCUGUAUUUAUUUAUUAAACUUUAUUAAA